AUGGACUACGACGACGACAGACCUUCCGGGUCAGGCAGCAAGCGCCGCUACUCCUCCGGCAGCGACACAUACCACCGCGCCCGUGACGAGUUCCCAUACUAUCGCAGGGGCGGCGCACCCCGCGGUGGGCGUGGACGCGCGCCCGCAAAGGUCAAGGACGACAUGGCCGACAGCGCACCUGCAUCCCCGCGCAGCGACGACCAGUCGGACGAAGGCGACGUCGAGGGCAACGACUCGGACCCCGACCGCGACCUGGACGAUGAGAUUGACGAGCUCCUCUCCGACGAAGGAGAAGGCGAAGGCGAGGGCGACAACGACGACAGCCACAAGCGGCGCGGUGGUAGCGGCCGUGCAGCUGGUCGUGGACGCCGUGACCAUGAUGAUGGCGGUGACGGUGAGGGUGACGGCGACGGCGACGAUGGAGAUGAUGGGGAGGGGGGUGGCGAUGGUGAUGGUGAUGGUGACGGUGACGACGAUGGAGAAGGCGGCAACAAGGACGAGGAAGCUGAGGAGAAGGAGUGCAAGUGGGCCGACUGCCCUCUUGUCCUUGAGAACCAGGAAGCCCUCGUUGCGCAUGUCAACAACGAACAUGUUAGCCAGGGCCGGCAACCGUACCAGUGUCUCUGGCGGACGUGCCACCGCGCUGGCCAGAAGCAGGCGAGCCGGCACGCACUCCUCACCCACAUCCGUUCGCACACUGGCGAGAAGCCCUACGUAUGCACCGAGUCUGGCUGUGGGCGCCAGUUUACCCGUUCGGACGCCAUGAACAAGCACGUCCGGGCAAUCCACGGUGCCGGCGCAGGCAAGAAGCGUCGCGGCGAGGACAUUUUUGCGCGUACGGCCGACGACGAGCCCAGCACGGCCGACAAGGACCUCGCCAAGGACCACGACCUCGAGGAAGUGGUCAUGCGCGUGCACGGCCCCGACCGCGUGCGCUACGUUGCCGAAACAGCCAACGAACAGUCUGCAAUGCGCUACGUGCGCGAGAGGCGACCUGGUGCGGGCAAGAAGCGCCGUGUACGCCGCAACAAGGACGGCUCGGACUCUGACGAGUUUGACGAAGGUGCCAGCAAGCGGUUCCCCCUUGAACGCACCAUCGAGGGCUGGAUGAUGGACGAGGCGCGCGAGACCGAGGUCCCCGUCAUGGGCCGCAGCAGGUGGCAGGCAAAGUACAUCAUGGCCAAGGCCAAGCUCAUGCUCGUCGACGAGGAGAACAAGAUGCGCCGCGACGAGCUCACGUUCUGGCUCGCCGAGGAGGCACGUGUGUUUGGCCCCCGCGGGCCACGCCGUCCCUACGACUCCAAGACUAGCGAGGCCGGCGACCCCCACGAUGACCUGUGA